AAUUCGCAUCGAGUAUCGGAUUUAUGUAGGCAAAUUGCCAUCGAACACAUGACUGCACUCUAUUAUAAGUACCUCAAGCCGUGUGCUGCUAGGAUUGAUAGGUAUAGAUACUUCAUAAUCGAGUUAAAAUAUUGAAUUAGUAAUAUCAAUUGAUCUCUUGUUCACUGACGCAAACAUGGGUUCUACUGACGGUUCAGAAUAUCACAAGGAGGCUCUCCGUAAUCUCAAGGAUCCCAGCCUGUUCAUCCAAAAUGCGUUCAUUGAUGGAGAAUGGGUCUCCAAAGACAAGAAGUUCGACGUAUACGAACCCUCAACCGGCACUGUCUUAGGCCAGGUGGCCGACGGCAGCCUUGAGGACUUCCAGAAAGCUAUUCAGAGCGCGAACGAAGCACAACCGAAGUUCUUCGCCGAAACAACAGCCACACAACGAGGAGCGUUGUUGCGCAAAUGGUACGAUUUGAUCGUCAAGCAUCAAGAAGACAGUAGGCGAGCCCCUUUCCUCCGCUUUCCCCCUUAGCCAUGACGAAGUCGGCGAAUUCUAAACAGAGGCUAAUUUUCGAUCAAUUUAGUCGCGACAAUCCUUAGUCUCGAAAACGGAAAGACAUUCGGGGAGGCAAGGGGUGAGGUAGUGUACGCUGCCAGCUUCAUCGC